UUACCCAGGUUGAGUUACCUCAGAGAGGCAGAAGCGAAACGAAAGAGUGAGAGGUUUACCUCCCUCCAGAAUCUGCCCAGGAUUAGCUCGGUACGUUUCUGUUUCACCUGCCGGGACAACGCAUUGCAUUGUUUAAGGUGGAGACCUUAGAAUAUCAUUGUUAAUGUCUCUUGUUAUCAGCACACACCUGUGGAUGCUGCCGUCCUCACUCUAGUUCCAUCCCGAACUUUCGUCCGUUUAUGCUGCACGAUAAAACGUCGACAGCGUGUAUGCAUUUACACACCAAUUUGUUUUAACACUUCCGAGUCUACUUCAACUUCCGAUCGCACCGGUGUCAAAAUGGGCUGCGAGUAACCUUGACCAUCAGAGCAGCUCACUAUCCACCCACGGAGCAAAGUUCAGACAGGCUGAAUGUGGUUGACAGAUAUAUUCUGUUGUUACCACCUCAAUGCUUCAGUUUAUUAAGUGUUUUUGAAGUGAAAAGAAAAGUAAAGCAAAACAUCAUCUUUGUCAGCAGUAGAAGAAAAUAGUGAGCUCGAGCUGGUUCAGCGCUGGGUAGGUGGAUGUCUUAGACCAUGAGUGUCCUGGGACCUCCGAUGAGCCAGGCCAACGGUGUGGCCAGGUCAGACAGCAAGAUAAGCGCCAAGGCUCUGUACGAGCAACGGAAGAAGUACUCCAACUCCAAUGUUAUCAUGCAGGAGACGUCUCAGUAUCAUGUGGAGCACCUGUCCACCUUUGUUAUGGACAAGACAGAGUCCAUCGCUACAGUGGACGAUGCCAUCCGGAAGCUGGUGCUGCUGGACUCCAAAGACAAGAUCUGGACCCAGGAGGUUCUGCUGCAGGUCACUGAUAAGGCAGUACGACUGUUGGAUGUCGAUACUCAGGAGGAGCUGGAGAACUUCCCCCUGUCUACAAUCCACCACAGCCAGACAGUGUUGAACCAGACCAGGUAUCCCUCUGUCCUGCUGCUGGUUUGCCAAGACAACGACCAGCACCGGCCUGACAUACACUUCUUCCACUGUGACGAGGUGGAGGCAGAGCUGGUCCAUGCAGACAUUGACAGCGCCCUGGGUGACAACAAACAUGGGAAGAAGAUGCGUCCACAGACCUUGAAGGUGAACCAGGAGAAGAUGAAGCGUCACAGAGAGACCAUCAUCCCUCCGUCCUCGUCCCCAAAAGGCCCUGGCCCCGGGGUCAAGGGUCGUGUGGCUGCCAUGGACAUGGGACAGGUAGAGAGACGAGGUUCAACACAGCAAGACCCAGAGUCUCAUGAGAAACUGGCCCAGCGCAUCGAGAAGGACGUGCAAAUCCUGAACUGUUCCCUGGAUGACAUUGAGAUCUUUGUGGCUCGUCUGCAGAAGGCUGCAGAGGCAUUCUCUCAGCUCCGCCAGCGCAACAAGAGUAAGAAGAAUAAGAAGAGAGCUCCUGCAGAGGGAAUGCUGACCCUGAGGGCCAAGCCCCCCUCCGAGGCUGAGUUUGUUGAUAGCCUACAGAAACUGAAGCUGUCCUUCAACCUGCUGGCCAAGCUGAAGAAGCACAUCCAGAAUCCCAGUGCUGCUGAACUGGUUCACUUUCUCUUUGGCCCCCUCGAACUGGUGCUCCAGUCCUGUGGUGGUCCAGAACUCCCUCGAUCUGUGCUGUCUCCUCACCUGUCCAAAGAUGCUGUAGACUUCCUCAGGGGUCAUCUGACACCGAAAGAGAUGACCAUUUUUGAACUGCUGGGAGAAGGAUGGACACGACCCAGAGCCGACUGGCCGCGGGACCAGUGUUGUCCCCCCUACUUCCCCAAGUUCAGGAACGGGUGGGAACCACCAGCAGAUCUUUUUAAGACAUCUCCAUGGGAGACAGAGGGAUCAGGGACACCCCAUGCCCCCAUGUCCCCCCACAAGAAUGAGAAGUUCUUUGGCACUCACUCCUCAAGCUCAUCAAAUGGGUCACACAACGAUCUGCCCCCUUUGACCGCUAAAUAUGCCAAGAUCCGCUACCCCUUCGUGGCCCGUAAUGCCAACGAGCUUUCAGUACUGCAGGACGAGGUGCUUAAGGUGAUGGCGUUGCAGGUCUUGGAGGACGACAAGCAGUGGUGGAAGCUGAGGAACAGGAGCGGUCAGUCGGGAUAUGUACCCUACAACAUCCUGGACCUGGUGGAUGAAUCGGAGAGCGUGGCUGACCCCCUGUACAGCCAGCCUGCCUACAGAAGCACAUCUCCCACCAGCCCACUCGGUCCAGGGGAUAGCUUCGGAAUGGGCCGCCUCAAGGAUCCUCGAACACAGCAUAUUAAUCUGUUGAAUGAUGAGUUGUUGAAGAAGAUCACUGCCGAUAAGAUGCAGCCCCCGCCCCGAAACUUCCGGCUGGAGCGCCCCUCCGGCAGCUCAAUCCCCCUGACCUUUGACUCCAGCCCUCCGCAAGUCACAGCCUGGCUCAAAAACAAGGGAUUCCAAACAACGACGGUGGAGUGUCUAGGUAUCCUGACGGGUGCUCAGCUAUUCUCACUGAACAAAGAGGAGCUGAAGGCGGUAUGUGGAGAUGAGGGCUCCAGGGUCUACAGUCAGAUCACUGUGCAAAAAGCCCAACUAGAGAAGAGCAGCGGAGACUCUGAGCUCAAGGAGAUCAUGAAACGACAGCAAGAAAAGAUCAGUGCCAGCAAGGACUGAUCCAGGCCUGCCCAUUUGUCUGUCAUACAAUCACAGGCCAGACUGGCUGACUGUCAACCAAUGACAGUCCAGCAUUGAUGGUCACCAUACCAACCAGUCUUUCUUUUCCCACAGCACCUGCCCUUUCACCAACCAGCAGCUUUUUAUCAAUCAACAGUCAAUAUUGGUAUAUACUAUAAACUAUUGUCAUAUCCAUUUUUUUAAUUGUGUAUUUAUUUUUAUUGUUAGUGAAUGCAUAGCCGCGGGAAGAUGACUGAACAGGAUAUCUGAGUAGUGCAUCAGGCUUGUUUCUGCAACGCAGUUCUCCUCUUUCUUUAGCAUGACUCGUGAAUCAUAUAGCGAAUCAUAUAGCGAAUCAUAUAGCUAGUCUGAUUACCAGAGAAUAUGAAGCAGAAAUGUAACCAUCAAGGCCUUGCCAGGACCUCUUCUUCUCGCGGCUAUGAGGGAAUAUAUGUGUACUUCUUCCUUUAAAUAGUCUCCGCUAAGUACUUAUGUUGCUUUUGCUGUUGUGCCUCAAUGUGUCUGACUUUGUGUUUCCAUGUGUAUGUGUGUGUGUGUGUGUGUGUGUGUGUGUGUGUAAGUGUAUGAAAGCAUUGUGCGCAUCUUCACGCGUACUUGCAUGCAUCAAGGGUAUGAUUUGUGCAUGUUUCACCUGGAGUGAUUUCUUGAGGUAUAUUAUAGUAAAGUCUAAUGGAAAACUGUAUAAACAAUAUAUUGAUCAAUAUAUAUGUUGAUGUUUGCAUAACCUUGAUUAUUAUUACAAUUCCACAUUGCUAGGCUAACGUGCGUCCUGUUUUGAUCUCGUGCUGACACUGUCCCGCUUUCGACCGUCCGAACCGGUCCGAGACAGUGGGCUCAAUCAGAAUGUGAAUCUACAGCCCAGGGAAUGUCUAAUGGCACCCCCAAACCGCUAAAAUGCAAUCAUUCCGUUGUACAUUGGUUGUCUCUGUGCCACAGUCCGACUAUAGUCAUUAUACGUUAUAAUAUUAACCCAAUCGAUCUUAAUGUUCUGAGUCCGUGUGCAUCCCUCUCCAAUAAUAAAACCCAGUCUGGAAAACA